AUGCCAUCACAAGAUCAUCAACCAAGCUUACUGAAAAAUGAAAAAUGGCUGCACAAACAGUCGUUAACCAGUUUUUAUAUAUGCUAUGUGAUGAGGAAGCGCGGAAAUUGGGCUGCUAAGAUGAUUCUGUUGAAGCAAUCUCAGCAUAAGUCCGAUAAUCAGGUACCUAAUCUUGACAAGUAUGAUGACUGCAGUCUUCAGAAGCAUCUUCUGGUACUGGUUUCCUUCAUGGACAAAUCACUUCAAGCUGAUCCACCUCACUUGAAGGCUUUCCAGAAUUAUUUAGUCGAGCUUGCUUCCUCUAUCGAGAAAGCCAAGGCUACUACGUCAAAGGAUCACAUUCAUAUGGCAAUGGGAGUUCUUUUCAAAUAUAGUGGUGCAUUGUUGGAUGUUCAAAAUGAUUCUGAUGAGAUCUCAUUCAUAUUGUAUUCGCUGGCCUAUCUUCACCUCUCUUCGGUCUCUUCAAGUAAUGUGGAGGUAUCAGCAUGGACCGCCUUACAUGCACUUGAAACAACAGCUGCUGUGUCCCAUUCCAAAAUCUCGGACAAUGUGCUUAGUGCUCUAUUGAACAGGGAUGAUUUAGCUGAGUACUGCGUGGACAGCAUCAUACCUACAGAAGGAGGAAUUCAAAGGCUCCAUGCAGGAGUGUAUAGGGAAGGAAUAGCGAAUUUCUCUGGCAUUCGAUCAACUAUUACAGUGAAGCAGAUAGAAAGUUUGUUCACUCUCUCUGCAAUACGGUCAUCAUGCCCGAUCAUCCUACGAUUGAUCGUGUGGAUGAUCGGGCAUGAUGACCGUAUUGCAGAGAUGUCUUUAUUCGAUAAGCUUUUAUCUCAUUCGACAAUUGGUAAGAAUAAGGAUUUUGUCCAUAGCAACCUGACCAGCGUUGAUGUGAAGGUGUUCCUCUUCACUUUGUCUCUGUGGAGUAACUCCAUCGACUGCCCUGCUCGAAUUCCGGGACGACUUCGUCUCCGUGGGAAUCAAACCAGUUGUUGGAAAGCUAUUUGUCAGUUAAUUAAUAAGUGA